AUGUUUGACACGAAAGCAAAUUUUGAAAAACCUCCGCCCCCCAACAACGCCAUUGCGGAACUGACGGCGCAGUGGAAUCGUCAGACGCUGCAACAGCUCGAUCAGUACAACGCGCAAAUGAUGAAUGAUUUCAUGGCGCUAAUGCACGCCUCUGGAGGAGGCACGAAUAGUAGUAGUGGCCUUCAUGAGACAUCAUCCGUGUAUGGACACACUACUGGCACGAACGGAACUCAAGAACAAUCGUCGAGUUUGUCGGGUCCGCAGCAGGAGAAUUCGCCCAGAGUGUCGGUAUCGACAGUGCAGCUGAAGCAGGAGAGUUUGCGGGUAGCGCGGUGGCAAGCUUUGUCCAGGGCCUCGGAUUUGGUUUGUUUGGUGGCUGAAGAGACUGUUUCUGGAUAG